CGCUUCAAAAUCACCCGCGAACGGGCUGAGAGAACUUCCUUCUGGAUAAUGUGAGAGAUAAGAGGUCGACCAGCACUGCCCUGCUCCUUUCCUUCUCUCUUCAAUGGCGACUCUGCAACAACUCCUUAGACCUUCAUGCUUCGCUUCCUCUUCUCCUCGCCAUUCCUUCACCUCCCUCUCUCAACCUCAACUUCAGCCACGAACUGUUAAUUCUGUCACCCCCAAAGCCUCAAUUAAGAAUUCUUCCAUUAAUCGCCGGGAGUUCGUCGCUGAAACGGCAGCCGCGGUUUCUCUCUCGCUCUCUCCGUUGAUUGCUCCCGUAAAACCGGCGAAGUCCGAAGAAAAUCUGUCGCAGUGGGCGAGACUUUACCUUCCUAUAGAUCCUGGUGUUGUCCUUCUCGACAUUGCUUUUGUGCCCGACGAUUUGAACCAUGGUUUCCUUUUGGGGACACGGCAAACCAUUUUAGAGACAAAAGAUGGUGGAAGAACAUGGGCUCCACGUUCAAUCCCCUCAGCUGAAGAAGAAGACUUUAACUACCGAUUUAAUUCUAUUAGCUUCCAAGGAAAGGAGGGAUGGAUCGUUGGAAAGCCUGCAAUUCUGUUGUACACUUCGGAUGCUGGAGAAAGCUGGGAAAGGAUACCACUUAGUGCUCAGCUUCCUGGUGAUAUGGUCUACAUUAAAGCAACUGGAGAAAAAAGUGCUGAGAUGGUUACUGAUGAAGGUGCAAUAUAUGUUACAUCAAACAAGGGAUAUAAUUGGAAGGCUGCAGUUCAGGAGACUGUUUCUGCCACUCUUAAUAGAACAGUUUCUAGUGGUAUAAGUGGUGCAAGCUAUUACACUGGAACCUUUAACACAGUCAAUCGCUCUCCUGAUGGGCGUUAUGUAGCUGUUUCAAGUCGUGGUAACUUCUACCUCACUUGGGAGCCUGGCCAGCCAUUCUGGCAGCCACAUAAUAGAGCUAUUGCAAGGAGGAUUCAAAACAUGGGGUGGAGAGCUGAUGGUGGUCUUUGGCUUCUUGUUCGUGGAGGAGGACUUUUUCUUAGUAAAGGGACAGGAAUAAGUGAGGAUUUUGAAGAAGUUCCAGUUCAAAGCCGAGGAUUUGGCAUAUUAGAUGUUGGUUAUCGUUCAAAGGAAGAGGCUUGGGCAGCUGGAGGAAGUGGAGUACUUCUGAAAACUACAAAUGGUGGCAAGACAUGGACCCGUGAUAAAGCAGCUGACAAUAUUGCGGCCAACUUAUACUCUGUAAAGUUUAUAAACGAUAAGAAAGGUUUUGUACUCGGAAAUGACGGGGUGUUGCUUCAAUAUCUUGGUUGAACUUUGAGAUUUUACUCGGUUACAGAAUCAGAUUUUAUAUGAUGCUUGCGAUGGAAAUUUUGUAUCAUUAAAUAACAGCUUUGCGUUCUAGAUUUCGACGAUGGGACGAGGUGCUAAUGUUCCCCAGUUACAUAUUUUCCUUUUUUUUUUUUUUUUUUUUUUUUUUGUGUGCAUUUCUGAAGGUCAAGAACUUUUAGCAAUGCAUUGAUUAGAAAGAAUCCAGGUCGUGAAUAGUUCUUUCAACUCUUGUUAAUACCUGUAAUCUAAACGUAUACCUGUUCAAGUGCCCAUUGUUGAUUGCCAAAAGAAAAGGGAUGAAUUUGGAAGAUACUAAUACAUUUUUAUGUCCCAAAUUUUCUUA